CAGAACCGAGAGGCAGGUGUGUGGGGGAUAUUUCAGGGUGUCACAGAGACCGCUUUAUUUAGCUUACAUUUAGUUAGUUCUGCUUCUUUUUCUGUUCUUCUUUGAAACUACAUUACCCAUGAAGCACCUGGAAUCACAACAAACGUGCCACUGCCAAGCAGCAAAGCAUUCCCCUCAAUGAAGCCGGCAUCUUAAUUCUCGCUGCGACAUGAGGUGUUGUUUCCUGUAGCCCACUAUGGCACCGGGGGAUGUGGUGCCAGACCAUGCCAAACAGCUGAAGUCCAAGGAGAAGCGGCCUGCAAACAGGGCUUUGAAAUCAGAAUGUGAGCCUGACGGGUCCUUUGUCUUUGAGGCUCAUGAAGCCUGGAAGGACUUCCAUAACUCGCUCCGGCAUUUCUAUGAAGUGGGUGAGCUCUGUGACGUCACGCUGAAGGUCGGCAGCAGGUUGAUACAGUGUCACAAGUUGGUGCUGGCCUGUGUUAUCCCUUACUUCAGGGCCAUGUUCCUGUCAGAGAUGUCUGAAGCCAAGCAGGAACUGAUAGAAAUUAAGGACUUUGAUGGGGAUGCCAUUCAGGACCUGGUGCAUUUUGCUUAUUCCUCCAAGCUCACCUUAACUGUGGAUAAUGUCCAGCCACUGCUUUAUGCUGCCUGCAUCCUUCAGGUUGAGUUGGUGGCGAGAGCCUGCUGUGAAUACAUGAAGGCACACUUUCAUCCCACCAACUGCCUGGCAGUUCGAACCUUUGCCGAGAGCCACAAUCGUGUGGAUCUGAUGGACAUGGCUGACCGCUACGCCUGCGAGCACUUCACAGAGGUAGUGGAGUGUGAGGACUUCACAUGUGUGUCUCCCCAGCACUUGCGUACAUUACUGUCCUCCAGCGACCUCAAUAUUCACUCGGAGACACAGGUGUACAAUGCAGCAGUGAAAUGGCUAAACGCAAACCCACAGCAUCAUGAGGCCUGGCUGGACCAGAUCAUGUCUCAGGUGCGCCUGCCCCUACUACCAGUAGAGUUUCUGACUGGAACAGUGGCAAAAGACGAGAUGAUCAAAGGUAACCUGAGCUGUCGUGACUUGAUGGAUGAAGCCAGGAACUACCACCUGCACCUCAACAACAAGGUGGUUCCAGACUUUGAGUAUUCAGUCCGUACUAUACCCCGGAAGCACACUGCAGGAGUGUUGUUCUGCGUGGGUGGCCGGGGCGGUUCUGGUGACCCGUUUCGCAGCAUUGAGUGCUACUCCAUCACUAAGAACAGCUGGUUUUUUGGCCCUGAAAUGAACAGCAGACGGCGUCACGUGGGCGUAAUAUCUGUAGGAGGCAAGGUUUAUGCUGUUGGCGGCCAUGAUGGUAACGAACACUUGGGAAACAUGGAGAUGUUUGACCCCUUCACUAACAAGUGGAUGAUGAAAGCGUCGAUGAACACCAAAAGGAGGGGGAUAGCCCUGGCAGCCCUUGGUGGUCCUAUAUAUGCUAUUGGAGGUCUGGACGACAACUCCUGUUUCAACGACGUGGAGCGUUAUGACAUCGAAAGUGACUGCUGGAGUGCCGUGGCGCCGAUGAACACUCCGAGGGGAGGAGUUGGAUCUGUGGCACUGGGGAAUUUUGUGUAUGCUGUGGGAGGCAACGAUGGCGUGGCGUCACUGUCCAGUGUGGAACGCUUUAAUCCUCAUCUCAACAAGUGGACUGAGGUCUGCGAGAUGGGACAGCGUCGGGCUGGAAAUGGAGUCAGUAAACUUAAUGGCUGCCUCUAUGUAGUGGGUGGUUUUGAUGACAACUCACCACUGAGCUCCGUAGAGCGCUUUGACCCACGAAUACACCGCUGGGAGUACGUGUCAGAGCUCACCACCCCACGUGGAGGGGUCGGGGUCGCCACUGUAAUGGGAAGAGUGUUUGCAGUCGGGGGACACAAUGGAAACAUUUACCUGAACACAGUGGAGGCUUUUGAGCCACGAAUGAACAGAUGGGAGCUGGUGGGCUCAGUGUCUCACUGCCGUGCUGGAGCUGGAGUCGCUGUCUGUUCGUCUCACGUCAGCCAGAUCAGAGACGUCGGACAAGGCUCCAGCAACGUGGUCAACUGCAUGUGAGCUCCACUCCAGGCACAAUCAGGCGACUGGCUGCCAGGCCACCGUUACAUCCGAUCACUGCACAAAAUCGGAGAAAUUUCACCCGAUGUUUAGUUUGUUCAGUGAGAUUUUAAUGACUUGAAGUGCACAUUUGACAAAUCUGAAGUCUUCUGUGACAAAAAGAGACUUUGAAGACGUAUCUUUUUCUUUGUGACUCCUGCAGGUGUUCUGUACAAUCAUUGAUGUUGUAUUUUGUACUGUACUUUUCUUCUGUUUCCCUGCUUUGACUGAGUUUUGACUGUUUAAGGGAAAAUAGUAGCUGAGCCAUGUAUAUAUACAGACCACAUGAGAAUGAGAGGGGUGCUUUGAUUCAUAUCGUGAACAAGAACGUUUUAGUCGGCCAGUAUGAAAGCAUUUUUCACAUCAGUCCUAAUAAGUCUCUCUGUACUCCAUUGUAAUCUUUCAGAGAGAUGUGACACAUUAGUAGUUUGAAGGUAUUCAUACUGGAUUCAACACUUGCCUGUGCACCAGUUCAUUUAAAUUAUUCCCAUGAAUCUGAAAUGUGAUGUGAAAAUGCCACGAAAUGUCCAAGACUGUUGCCCUCGCAUUUCCAGAUUAGUGAAAACAAACUUUUAAAGGUUUAGAACAGCUGUAUUUGUAGUAUUUGUAGGUAUUUUUUUUUCUCCGUUAUUGUGUUUGGAUAAUCAUUUAGAGCUCACUAAUCUAAAUCAAUGAUUAGCGACUGACUGGUGAAUUACGCUGCUGCAAGUGCCAAACACACAAAAACUGUAAAUGCCAGUCCGGUUUAACAAUCUGCUGAAAGUCGACUCAUUUACCUCGACUUUAGAGCUGAGAAAGGUGUUAUGACUGUAACUGAGAGAUGAGUGAUUAAAGCAAUAUGGUGCACCUCUUUGGUUCUUUUCCAUUAUUGCAUCGAGAUCUCGUCAUAACUGACAGAGGCUGACAUUGAAAACACUGUCAGUGUUUUCAGAUUUGUAAAAGAUUGUGUCUGUGGAUGGUUGUUCCGUUAUAUUUUAAUAUAUGAACACUUUUGUAUACCAAUAUAGCCGUAUCUUUGGCAUUAUUCUUUACUAACUAAUCCAUUGCUGUGCACUAUUUUCCUAGACUAGAUGUGAAGUCUUGAGUAUAUUUUUGUCAGAAAUGGAGAAUUUAAAAAUUUUCAAGUUGUUCAUCAAUACAUGCUUAUUUCUGCCAUAUGAAGAAAGAAAAUAUUAUUUCUGAUAAUGUUUGUAUGAGUAAAAUACAUAUUAUUGCAGAUUUCUCUCUGGUAUUAUUAAUAUCAUUUUUACAAUAAAAUUGAAGCCAACUUUAUUAGUAAAUGAGUCUUUUGUAAACUUUGCUGUGUAAACUUGGUGUUCUUCCUCCUUUUGACUGCUUCCAUUUGGUGGUUUAUUUACAUGGUAUCAGUUGGCACAAUAAAGAUAUAUGUAAAUGUUA